AUGAAAAAUAGAUUAUUCAAUUUUCAUAAUUAUAACAAAUAUUUAUUCAAUUUUGGUAGUAGUAAUAAAUAUACAGAUGUUAUCUUAAAUAGAAGUACUAAUAGUACAAUUAGAAAUUAUAAUGUAAACUAUCGUCGACUUACAACAACCCUCAACAAUGAUUGUUAUUAUAUUAAUAAUGGUAGUAGUUUAAAGUCAAUAGUUGGUAGAUCUACUGGUACCGACUCUUCUUCUUGUUCUUUGUCGAAUUUUAGAUAUUUUUCAAGUGUGGGUAAGACAACGCACACUAAAUUAAAAGAAACUAUAUAUGCACUGUCGAGUGGUGCAGUAAAGAGUGGUGUUGCUAUAAUCCGUGUUUCAGGUCCACAAUCAAUGACAGCACUACAACAACUCACACGGAAAGUACUAGUAACCAAUUCAUCGACAUCAACAACAACAACAACAACAUCGUCAGAUUAUAAUAUUGUUCCGAGAAUGACCGUUCUUUCAAAUUUCUAUGAUCCAACGUCUGGCGAGCAAUUGGAUCGUGGAAUGUAUGUCUGGUUUCAAGGUCCCAAUAGUUUCACAGGUGAAGAUGUUCUGGAGCUGCAUAUUCACGGUGGACGUGCUGUCAUUCACGAUAUGCUAGAGGCACUCUCGAAAGUGGAUGGUCUGAGGAUGGCAGAGCCCGGUGAGUUUACAAAGCGUGCCUUUGAGAAUGGCAAAAUGGAUUUGACCGAAGUCGAAGGACUGGCCGAUCUUCUCGAUGCCCAGACCAACCAACAGCGAAAGAUUGCACUUCAACAGAUGCAAGGCUCCAUUGGCAAGUUGUAUACAGAGUUGCGCGACCAGCUAAUCAGGGCAUCGGCAUACAUGGAGGCAUACAUUGAUUUUGGCGACGAUGCAGAGAUCGAACCGGCGGUAGUCGAGCAAUCGAAACAGCGAAUCAUCGCGAUUCGCAACAAGAUAAUGAAGCAUCUCACCGAUGGCAAGAGAGGUGAGAAACUUAGAGACGGUGCAACGGUGACAAUCAUCGGACCACCCAACGCAGGCAAGAGUUCACUCAUCAACCUGCUGGCGAAUAGGAGAGCAUCGAUUGUCUCACCGAUCGAAGGAACCACCAGGGAUGUAGUAGAGGUGAUGUUGGAUAUCGGUGGAUAUCCUGUGAUCCUAGGUGAUACCGCUGGAAUCAGAGAGUCGACCGAUGUCAUUGAGCGUGAAGGUGUAUCGAUGGCACGCGAUAGAGUGUUAAACUCUGAGAUCACACUUUGUGUAUUCGAUUGUAAUGCACUCAUCAAGAGUAAUGGAAAGAUAGAACCAAUGCUAUUGGAUCUCAUAGACUGCAAUACAAUAUUUUUAUUCAAUAAGAUCGAUUUACUUCUUGACGACGACAACAACAACAAAUGGAAAGAAACAAAACAACAGAUAUUACAACAAAUAUAUGAAGCGAUAAGACAACAACCUCUAAGACAAUCACUCUUCAAAGUAAACAAUGUAUUUUCAUGUGAACUUUCGUGUUCUAAUCAAACAGGUAUAAAGGAUCUACUUUCAAGAAUUGAAUUGUAUUUGAAAGAAUUAUUCGAAAUUAAUGAGAAAGAAGCACCAUUGUUAACAAGAAUGAGACAUAAAGAACACUUGAUCAAUUGUGUUGAAUCUUUAAAUAACUAUUUAGAAUACUGUGAUACCGAUGUUGUCAUUGCUUCAGAAGAAUUGAGAAGUGCAAUAAGAUCAAUAGGUUCAAUAACUUAUCAUGUAAAUGUUGAUGAUCUUUUAGAUGUUAUUUUUAAAGAUUUUUGUAUAGGUAAAUAA